GCGUAAAACUUUAUUGCAGCAUCGACGGUAGACAUUGCGACAUGGGAGCCUUUCUUUCGAGACAACGUGAAGUAGAUGAACUUAGAAAGGACGUUUUCAAGAAAUUUGAUGGCCAGAAGAUUCUGUUGAUCGGAACGCUCGGUAGUGGAAAGUCAUCUUUGGUUAACAGUAUAAACUACGUCUUGAAUUUGGAAAAUCCAAAUGCUCAUUAUCAUGAAGUCGCAGAAUUGAGCGAUUCAGAAGCCUAUCAUGGAACGCCGGUCUAUCGUAUGUACACACCUGAAAAAGAUCUCUAUCAUGAGGUCAAAGACCAAAAUUUGUUGGAAGACGUUUCAAGCGCUCCUACACUCUUUGACAUUUCUGGAGUCGAUGAACAACUACUAGAUGGCGACCAGUUGGAUCUAAAGAAGUUUCUACUCUGUGUUUUCCAAGGCAAAGUAGAAGAAUUCACUGAUAUAAUAAAAAUAUUUAACACUCCAGAAGAAUUAGAGAAGGUAGCGAUUCAAGAAGCUGCGGAUGAUAGGCGUCCAUGGUCAGUGGUCUGCGUAGUUUCUCUCGCUGCCGUUUUUCCUACAAAGUUUUAUGAAAACGUCGCUAAAGCUUUACGGGAAACGAAGGCCAAUCAAGGAGGAAUAAAUGUCUUUGUGGUUUUGACUAAAGGUGACACGCUGAACUUGGCAGAGAAGAAACAAAAAGUACAAUCGUAUUCAGAAAGGUGCAAAACUACUCUAAACAUGUCCGAGGGGCGAAUAUUCGAAGUCACAAACUACACGUCUAAGCAAUGGGGAAAAGGCAAUCAAAGGAUGGACAAGGAUACAGAAAAGGAAAGGAAGAUUUUAUUUUUUCUAAAUCGCAUCUUUCUCUCUUGUUACAAGCCUCGCUGGACCUAAUAAUGACAGAAAUGUAACCAAAGACAAUGAAUGUCCAAAUACGUUGCAAGUGUUGUGUAGUAAGUAGCUUUUAGCGUGAUGUCGUUUGGUUGAUGUGAUGUUGCUUGGUGGAUUCAUUUCACGUAUGAGUACGUACGACGUGAAUUGUUGGCUGAUGACUAUAGUCGUUUAGAGAAAUUUUGUUGGUAAGACAGUCGCUGAUAGAACAACACUUUCUCUGCAAAAUCUAAUUGUGUAAACGUGAGGAUUUUAAGCAAACAUUCGAC